AUGAUUGGUAAUUAUAAUCAAGAGCAUGCAAAUUCAUCAUCCAGUAUUGAUAAUGAACCAUUGUCAGAUUGUGGAGAUAGAUGCCAAAUUGGUCAAGUUUGUCGUAACCAUACUUGUACCACCUGUUUAACUGAUUCAGAAUGUUUUUCAUUAAAUGAUCAAUGGGUUUGUCAACAAGGUCAAUGUACACAUAAAUCAUUGUUCCACAGCGAAGUUACAUUCUUAGAUAUUCUUGGUAUGGUCCUUUUAUUCAUUGGUUGUGCUUUAUCUAGUGGAGGUGGUGUAGGUGGUGGCGGUAUUUAUAUUCCAAUUUUAAUUUUAGUCAGUAAAUGGGAUCCAAAAUCAUCAAUUCCAUUAUCAAAUUGUUUGGUUGCUGGUUGUUCUUUAGCUAACUUUAUUCAAAAUUUCCCAAGAAGACAUCCUUUUUCAAACAAACAUCUUAUAGAUUUUAGUGUUGCUCUUUUAAUUGAACCAUUAACUUUGGCAGGUACUAUCUUUGGUGUUUAUUUACAUACCUAUUUCCCACCAUUAGUUAUUCUUUUGUUAUUGGUUAUCACUCUUGGUUUCACCUCUUUUAAAACAAUUACUAAAGGUGUAGAAAUUUAUAGAAAAGAAAUUAAAGCUAAAGUCUCUUUAUUAAAUAAUGAUCAUCAUAAAAUCAAUGAUAGUAAUGGUAGCGGUAGUAGCAAUCCAAAUGGUGAUGGUGCAAAUUCAAAUGUUAAAUAUAAUCUUUUAAUCUUUUCAACAAUGUUUUCAAUUUUCAAAGGUGGUGAUGAAGAAUACAGUUUAAUUGGUGUCAAGUUAUGCUCGCCACUUUAUUGGGUAUUAUCAUUUGUUAUGGUACCAGUUAUUAUUAUUUUAUGGGGUUUCACUGCUAGAUACCUUUAUAGAGAAUAUGAAAUUAGACGUGAUGAGGGUAGAGAAAUUGAAGGUGAAAUUAAAUAUACUCAUAAAAAUAUUAUUGUUUUAGGUAUCCUUUCAAUUGUUGCAGGUAUUUUAGCUUCAUUAUUAGGUAUUGGUGGUGGUAUGAUCAAGGGUCCAGUCUUAUUACAAAUGGGUUUAAGUCCAGAUGUUACUGCUGCUACUUCAAGUUAUAUGAUUUUAUUCACCUCAGCAUCAUCAGCUAUUCAAUAUAUUUUAGUUGGUAAAUUAAGAUGGGAUUACGGUAUUGUUUAUUAUGCAAUUGGUUUCAUUUCAUGUUUUGUUGGUACCCAAACUUUAAUCUGGAUCGUUAAGAAAUACCAAAGAAGAUCAUACAUCGUUUUCCUUAUUGGUGCCGUUAUUUCAGUUUCCACUAUCUUAUUGGUUGUUACUGAAAGUAUUGAUUUUGUAAAAUAUAGAAAUCUUUCUUUUGAUUCAAUUUGUAAACCAUCAGGCUCAAUAGCUUCUUAA